UUUUUCAUCUUUCAAAAAUGAUGUAGUAUUUCAAUAAAUGCGCUUUAAGCAAGUGUACAAAUUACAUACGGCGCCCUCGCCUCUGUCUCGUCUCGCUUGUCAGCCGCAGAAUGUGAACGCCGACCUUUUAUUUUGAAAUAAAAACCGGAUAAGCGAAGCGUUAAACUUCCGGCUGUACAAACUUUACCUCAAUCGGAGGCAUUUAAAAUUCACCUGUGCGGUUCAUGUUUCUUCUGCCGAAUUGUUGCUAAACUUUGGUAAAUAUGUCGGAAAAGGGCGAGGUUAAUCUCGCUGGAGCGAAGCAAAGCAAUGGUGUGUGGCUCGUCAAGGUUCCCAAAUAUUUGGCUCAACAAUGGGACAAAGCGACAGAGAAUGGAGAAGUGGGGAAGAUUACCAUAGGAAAGAAGCAAGGCAAAACUAAGGUUUGUUUCAGCCUGAACGAGGAGCUGACAACCUUGGGUGCGGUUGGGGAGAAGGAUGCACCUGUGCAGGUCCCCAGGGAUCAUCCCUUCACCAUGAACUCAGUGGGUGGGCAAACCAUGGCCGUCUUCAGCCAGGGUGACCAAGGCGACCAGAUCUCCUUCGAUUCAGACUACAUAGACUACAUAGUUUUGAUCAUCACGCAGUCAUGGCUUCAUGCAGGAAUUACUGAUGCAGCAAUGGAGUUGGCAGGCCGCAGCCUUGAUCGAAACAAGAACAAAAAGCUCCCAGCUGAACAACUAUCCAGAGGCAGUACACAAUGGAAAUGCGGAGGACUUCAAUCACGUACUGUAGACUUAAAAUCAGCAGUUCUCCAGACUCCCAAAAGCAUUUGCAAUGUACUACGGGUGGUAAUAAUAAUAAGAUUCAACUCUGAGGACCUGGAGGAGUACACUGCAUCUGUACUCCGCUACAUCAAGCACCGCACAGACAAGGUCAUCAUCAACAAGCGCAUCCGCGCUCAUGCAAACCAAAAACCCUGGAUGCUUCUAGGAACAUGGCCUUAGGACCUUUAACAAUGCUGCCGGGGAAAACCUGAAGAGGGGUGUAAAACAGGCCAAACUGCACUUUAGAUAUAAAAUUGAAGACCUCCUCCACAGAAACAACCUGAGGCAGGGAGUGCAAACCAUGACGAACUAUAAACCCUCAACAAACGCCGUGACUUUCAGUGCUGUGCUGGCGAAGGAGCUUAACUGCUUCUUUUUCAGAGUUUGAACAAACAGCGCAGGUGACCUCAUCACAUUCACCAUCCAACAAAAUCUUCAUGGUGGGGGAGCAUGACUUGGGGGCACUUGCAGUAAAAUCCAGGAAGGCAGCAGAUGUAAUUUAGUUCAUAUCCUUCCAUAAUCUAUUCAAAAUCUAUUACUUUUUCAACAUCUGUCCUUGUUUCUGAGA